GACGAGGCUGCAUGAUUCAACACCCAAUGUCCAUUCCGCCGUUUGUUUGCCUUGCAUGCGCCCAACAAUCAACCCACACCACUAACGUCCCUACCCGCUGUCCAUCAACCGUGGCUAUCACAAUGUAGCCACGGAGUCCGCCAUCUAGAACCAGGACAUGUCCCAGCCCCGUCAAGUCCCAACACACUCGUCUUCGCCGUCAAAGUCCUCCUUGCGGCGAACCAGCGGUCCUCAUAGCAGCCAGAGCCGCAGCCUCCUUCCCUCUCCACACUUCGAGGACGACCCCAUCGUAGCCUCGCACCAGUCUGCAUCUGCAUCUGCUACGACUCGGCACUCACAGAUCGACUACUCGGAGCACGCGGUCGUCGAAGGUGAGGAUGGAGGCGACGAGUCCGAGCAAUAUGCUGCCGAUGUCAAGACCGAUGCCAUACCUUCUUUUCAGCCCUUCUUCACCCUGAUCGAGGACAGCGUCUCGAACGAACAUCAUCACCCGACUGUGCACUAUAUAUUCGCCGAUGAUGACUCGGACAUUAUCGCCGAAGCAGCCUGUCGAUCACUCGAGACAUUGGAUCCGCAGCAGCAGCAGGCGAGUGUGGCACAGCACGAGCAUGCGCACGAGAGCGAGCACGAUGACACCGCCACUCGUCUCCCUGCUCCUACUGCCGGCAUGCGCGAACACUAUCUAGUUCUGGACGUGCAUCCACGCACACAUCCACCACCACAAGACUCCUCGGGUGCGAGAAUGACCUACGAAGUGACUUCUGCCCAGAGUUUCAGCGCAGACUGGCAAGCGCUAAGGUCGAGCAUCACCGCGGCGCCGACGAUGGGGGACGCAGGCGAAGACGAUACCUCGCUCAUGUUGCGCAUCGAGGGUCGGGGAAAUACACCUGGCGAUGCCCCCGCCGCUGAGAAGGAAAGUAUGGAGGAAAUGAUUGAGCGGUUUCAGCGUAGGCUCGAGGACAUCAGGCAAGUCAUGGAGGCUGGUUCCCUGGGUGGAGGUGGACCUGGUGGUGCAGGAGAAACUGCGGGUGUUACUACAGGCUCGAGGGACAGCGGUGCAGCCGCUGUUGACGCCAGUGUUUGAUGACCGUGACGUUGCUUUGCUAUAUACCCAUACAAGACUGUACAGGGACUGCGUCCCAUCCACUAAUAAACCUAUAGAGAGUCUGACAAACUCUCAAAGCGAGCGGCAUUCUCCUUGUCUACGGUCUAGGUCACUGUUGCCAUGGUCGAGUUCAUGUGCUGCGAAG